UGGGUUGGGCCCCCACCCCCACCAUUUCGUCAAUUUGAAAUAUUUGAAACAAACCAAGAAGAUCGAACAGAUAAAACUCUGAGAAAUCUGAAAUCCACCACCAAACCCAAACUCAUCUCCGAUUCAACGCCACGGAAAUCCCCACCGUCAAAUCCCCCAAGUUACAGUCCCAAGUUCAUGGCUCGGAUAAAGCCCCAGGCUCUGUUACUUCAGAGCAAGAAGAAAAAAGGACCGACUCGAAUCAGUGUCACUACCAUAGUUCUGUGCAAUCUAAUCAUCGCUUUGAUCGCCUUGUCCUUGGUCGCCACUUAUCGCUAUUGGUCCAGAAGGUCACUGGAUCAUUCUGGGUCUGACUUUUCUGCUGCAGAGGAAAUGGAUGCGUUUUCGAAGAAGGAUGAUCUUCCCGGUUAUGCGAUUUUAAACACAUCAAAAGGUUUAAUCACAGUGGAACUUUACAAGGAUGGUUCUCCAGAGGUUGUGGAUAGAUUUCUUGACUUGUGUCAAAAGGGACACUUCAAAGGGAUGCCCUUCAGUCAUGUAAUCAAACACUACGUAAUUAAAGGAGGAGAUUCCCAGGGACUUGGAGUGGCUGAAGAUUGGAUAUCAAAAGGGAAGCUUCGUAGUCAACUUGUGACGAGUCCAAAGCAUGAAGCUUUUAUGCUUGGAACUACGAAGAAUAAACUAGAGAACAAAGGAUUUGAGCUUGUUAUCACGACGGCACCUAUACCAGAUUUAAAUGACAAGCUUAUUGUGUUUGGACGUGUCAUCAAAGGAGAGGAUGUGGUGCAGGAAAUUGAAGAGGUUGACACAGAUGAACAUUAUCGGCCUAAAUCUCAUGUAGGGAUCACCGGUGUGACUCUAAAACGUGAGAUAUAAGGACAAUUCAAGUCUAAUGUGGAGUUUUCCUGCAUGACAGAGUGCUGGUUCAAGUAUCUUCUUGCCAGACUACUUUUGUGACGCUGCUACAGUAUCUUUUAGUUUUUUUUUUCUUUUCAGUGAUCCCCAUGAAAUAUUCUCUGGCUCUCCUCCCCAAUUUGAUUUGUGAUUUGCAGUGGGGAGGGAGAGGAGGUAUGAUAAUUUUUUAGGCAUAGGUUCCAUAUCAGAGGUGGACAAAAUACGACAAUUCAGCUAAUUCGAUAUAUACAUGUCUUUUGUAGUAAUUAUUGUGUUCUUAUUGUUUGAUGUGCUCUGAAUCAUUUUGUUCUUUUCAUGCUAACUGAAAAGUAAAUCAAGAUCUUGCUA